UCAUCCGGGUGCUUCGUUGAUGGUGGGUAUGAAGCAAAAUGGCGGCACCCAUCUUGAAGUGGAAGCGGGUGACGAAUACAACCGGCCCUAUCCCACGACCUCGUCAUGGUCAUCGUGCUGUUGCUAUUAAAGAUCUGAUGAUCGUAUUUGGUGGUGGCAACGAAGGCAUCGUCGAUGAAUUGCACGUUUAUAAUACAAGUACUAAUCAAUGGUUUGUACCACCUGUGAAGGGAGAUAUACCUCCAGGAUGUGCAGCAUAUGGAUUUGUUUGUGAUGGAACUCGUCUUUUGGUUUUUGGUGGCAUGGUUGAAUAUGGUAAAUAUUCAAAUGAAUUAUAUGAACUUCAAGCAAGUAGAUGGGAAUGGAAGAGACUCAAGCCUCGGUCUCCUAAAUCUGGUUCUCCUCCAUGCCCCAGACUUGGUCAUAGUUUUACUCUGAUUAAUAAUAAAGUUUACUUGUUUGGUGGACUUGCAAAUGACAGUGAAGAUCCUAAAAAUAAUAUACCAAGGUACUUGAAUGAUUUAUAUACAUUGGAAUUAAGACCUCAUUCAAGUAUAAUGACUUGGGAUGUACCACAAUAUUCUGGACAACCUCCUCCACCUAGAGAAAGUCAUACAGCUGUUGCUUAUCAUGGAAAAGAUGGAAAAAAGCCAAGGUUAAUUAUAUAUGGUGGAAUGAGUGGAUGUAGAUUAGGUGAUCUUUGGCAGUUAGAAAUAGAUGGCAUGUCAUGGAGUAAGCCUAUUGUGGAUGGUAGUCCACCAUUACCAAGAAGUCUUCAUUCUGCAACUCUUAUUAGUCACCGAAUGUUUGUAUUUGGUGGCUGGGUUCCUUUAGUAAUGGAAGAUAACAAAGCUGCAACACAUGAAAAGGAAUGGAAAUGUACUAAUACAUUAGCAUCACUUAACUUAGAAACAAUGACAUGGGAACCAUUAGCAAUGGAAGUAUUUGAAGAAGCUAUACCAAGGGCACGUGCUGGUCACUGCUCUGUUGCUAUUAAUACCCGUUUAUAUAUAUGGAGUGGAAGAGAUGGUUACAGAAAAGCAUGGAAUAAUCAGGUGUGUUGUAAGGAUUUAUGGUAUUUGGAAACAGAAAAACCAAUUGCACCUUCUCGAGUUCAACUUGUACGUGCUUCAACAACCACAUUAGAUGUCUGUUGGGGCUCAGUUCCAACAGCUGAUGCAUACUUGUUACAACUACAGAAAUAUGAUAUGCCUCCUUCAACAGCUUUAACUCCAGUAUCUGGCACUGGAAAUACAAUUCCUACUUCUACAUCAUCUCAGCCACAGUUACCAUCAACACAGCUUUUGCCUCAAUUACAGUCUCCUAUACAGUCUCAAGCUCAAACAUUAUUGCAACAACAAACAUUACUAACAAAGCCAACAACACCUGCAACAACAUUAACAUCUCUUAUAUCUGGAACAUUAAAUAGCACUGGUACUAUUAUGACUGCAACAGGACAUAUUAUUCGAAAACCAGUAGCCUCUCAAAUAUCAUCUGGUUUGCAACCAAGAGCAUCAGUUGCUGUUACCCAGUCUCCAAUGAGAAUGCCAGUUAGUGCUGUAUGUGGGCCAAGAGCUGGUACAGUGACAGUAGUAAAAUCAAGGGGACAGACACCUGUAACUGGACAACAAAUUCGUGUUGUUGCAGCCACACCUACUGGAACUCAAGUAGUAAGAACUGUUGCUGCUACUUUAGGUGGAAAUGUAACAACAGCUGUCAAUACUACAACAGGUAUGAGUGGAAUGGCAGCUUUAGCAGCUGCAGCUGCAGCUACACAGAAAAUUACAACUGCUACAGCAGCAAGUUCUGCAACCUCAGGGACAACUAAUAUAAGAGUAGUUACUCCCUCUGUUAUUGCACAACCUGGAAUGAAAAUAAGUUCUGUUCCCAUUCAAGGUAAAAUAAACUUAAAGCAAGUGUGUUGUAAGGAUUUAUGGUAUUUGGAAACAGAAAAACCAAUUGCACCUUCUCGAGUUCAACUUGUACGUGCUUCAACAACCACAUUAGAUGUCUGUUGGGGCUCAGUUCCAACAGUUGCUGUUACCCAGUCUCCAAUGAGAAUGCCAGUUAGUGCUGUAUGUGGGCCAAGAGCUGGUACAGUGACAGUAGUAAAAUCAAGGGGACAGACACCUGUAACUGGACAACAAAUUCGUGUUGUUGCAGCCACACCUACUGGAACUCAAGUAGUAAGAACUGUUGCUGCUACUUUAGGUGGAAAUGUAACAACAGCUGUCAAUACUACAACAGGUAUGAGUGGAAUGGCAGCUUUAGCAGCUGCAGCUGCAGCUACACAGAAAAUUACAACUGCUACAGCAGCAAGUUCUGCAACCUCAGGGACAACUAAUAUAAGAGUAGUUACUCCCUCUGUUAUUGCACAACCUGGAAUGAAAAUAAGUUCUGUUCCCAUUCAAGGUGGAGCAACAGGAACUCAAACAUUGCGUGUAAGUAAUCCAGCAACACUGAUUAAUGCUGCAGGAGGAAUGAGUGGAUCACCUGGAAAACAAAUUAUUACUGUGAGAAAGACAGGUUCAACAUCUAAUCAACCACAAAUUGUAACUUUAGUUAAGACAAGUCAAGGAGUAACAGUUGCUACAGUACCAAAAGUUAGCUUAAUUCAAGGUAAAUCUGGAACAGUUCAGGGACAACAAAUACAAACAAAAUCAACUAUACCAGGUGCUACCAUAGUGAAAUUGGUUACAACACAAGCUGGUGGUACUGGAGGAAAACCAACUGCUAUAUUAACUUCUCAAACAAAUACUACACAGCCCACAAUCCUUGGAAUCUCAUCUGUAUCUCCUCAGGGUUCUAUACAAACACAAAAAGUAAUAACAACGAUUCUUCGAACUUUGCCAACAAAUAUAAUUACUGUUGCAAAACCAACCACAUCUGGUGCAAUCACUACAUCAUCUGCUCUGUCAAACUUAGCAAAGCAGACUAUUGUAAUUGCAGCACCAAAAUCUGGACAAACAGGAACUCCUGCAAAAUUACUAACUACUGUACCAAAGUUAUCUACACCUACGUCCCAAAUUAUUGUAGUUACGACACAUGCUCAGUUAAAAACAGUUUCUGGAGGUUGUACAACUGUUCAAGCAGGAAAAGGUGGUACACAGUUGAAUACAGUUAAUACAGCUGGAGGUGUUAAAAUGAUAGUAGUUUCAUCUGCUGGUUUAACUUCAUCUGGUCAACAAGCAAUAACAAUAAUUACUACUGCUAAUAACACAAGUACACAAAUGACAACUAGUACUGUUACAUCUCCAAUAACAAUUACAAUGCCAGCUUCUGCAAUUGCUGGUUCAACUAAACCUGCUACUGUUACUAUUCCAGGAAAACCAUUAGGAUCAACAGCUACAAUACAGAUUGCAGGAACCCAGAAAACUUGUGGUACACAAUUACUUGCUGUACCAGCACAAGGCAUUCUACCUAGUGGAUCUCAGGCAGUUACUUUUCAAACAAAACCAGUUUCCUCUAUGACAACAUGCACUAAUCAAAAAGUGGUAACAGUGGUAACAACUCAGUCCUCUGUGAUAUCAUCAACACAAACCCAAGUUAUUAAUUCUCAAACAACUCCUACAAUGACAAUUGUUACACAGGCUCUGACUGGUCUUCCUAUCACUACACAAACAUCCAUUGGAACAUCAGCAAAAGUUAUGAUAGUUACUGCACCUUCUUCUACAAUUGGAGUGCCAAUAAUUUCUGCAAUUCCUGUUAAUAGUUCUGAAAAAGAAGCAACUGCAGUGAUUGACCCAGCCAUUACAUCAAACAUGAUUACUUUGGAUACUAAUAAAGAUGUUGUAGAACCACAGUAUGCAACAUCAUUAAUCACAGAUAGAGAAAUUCUUGAGCAGAAUCAAGGAAUGCUUGUAGAAAGUAAUGAAUCUACUACUUUUUCAGUUGAAUCAACUUCUGAUCUUACUGAUUCUUUACAACAGUCUGAGGCUGUUUCAUUAGAAACAGAAAAUGUAUUGACAGCACAAAAUUCAGUUGAAGAACCAAAAGAAAUGGAAGAAAAUAUAAGUACAGGUUGUACAGUAAAUGCAGGAAGUGGAAGUUGUGAAAAAACUGCUUGUGAUUCAGAAGUAUCAGAAAAAGAAUGUAUAGAAAAUUUUUCUGAUAGUAGUCAGCAUAAUAAGCAGAAGUUACAUGAUAAUGAAUGUGAAGGAGGGGGUUGUGAUGUAAAAAAUUUUGAAAAUGAAAACAAAGAAGAAAAAUUAUGUACUGAAAAGAUUUGUGAUAAUGAAAAGGAAUGUGGGGAAAAUGGUUAUAAAAAAGAGCAAUGUACUGAAAAGAAUUGUGAUAGUGAAGUCACCGAAAAUGGCAGAUCUGGAGAAGCUUUUAGAAAUCCUAGUUGUAGCAAUAGGAUAAAUUGUGGAGAAAAGUGUGAUAGUGAAAAAAAUUCUGGAGAAGUAUGUAAUGAUGGUAAACACUGUGGAGAAGAUUUUAGUGAAAAAAGUCAAUGUUCUGAUGAGAAAAACUGCAAAGAAAAUUGCAGUCACAGUGAACAUUGCAGAAGAAGGGAUUGUGGUGAUGGGAAACAUUGUGGAGAAGGAGAGUGCAGUGAUGGGAAACAUUGUGGGGAAAAAGAGUGUAGUGACGGGAAACAUUGCAGAGAAGGAGAGUGCAGUGAUGGGAAGCAUUGCGGAGAAAGAGAGUGCAGUGAUGGGAAGCAUUGCGGAGAAGGAGAGUGCAGCGAUGGGAAACAUUGUGGGGAAAAAGAGUGUAGUGACGGGAAACAUUGUGGAGAAGGAGAGUGCAGUGAUGGGAAGCAUUGUGGUGAGGGAGAGUGCAGUGAUGGAAAACAUUGUGGGGAAGAAAAGUGCAGCGAUGGAAAGCAUUGCGGGGAAGAAGAGUGCAGCGAUGGAAAGCAUUGCGGGGAAGGAGAGUGCAGUGAUGGAAAGCAUUGUGGAGAAGGAGAGUGCAGUGAUGGAAAACAUUGUGGAGAAGGAGAGUGCAAUGAUGGUAAACAUUGUGGUGAAAGAGAAUGUAAUGAUGGAAAGCACUGUGGAGAAGAAGAAUGCAGUGAUGGAAAGCACUGUGGAGAGGAGACUUGUAGUGAUGGAAAACAUUGUGGAGAAGAAGAUAAAAAAAAUGAUAGUGAUGAAAAAAACUGUGGAGAAGAAAGUGGUGGUGAUGGGAAUAAAACUGGAGAAACAGUUUGUGAUGAUGGUGAAAAUUAUGAAAGAAAUUCUGAGAGAAAAUGUACUAAAGAUGAAAAUAAUGGUAAUGAAACUGAAAUAACUGAUAGUGAUAAGCAGAGUUUUGAAGACAGAAAACUUCAUUCAGAGCAAGAAGAACAAAUCAAAGUAAAAAGUGAAGAUGAAAUUAAUAUUGUUGAAUCAAAUUUUGAUGAAAUUAAGAAAACUGAAGAAGAAAAGGAAAAUGUCUUAACAGAAGCUCAUAAAUCAUCAUUGAUUCAACCAGAUUCAUCUAUAGAUACUGAUCAUUCUCUAGUUCAAAGCCAACCUCAACUUACUUUGGAACAACCUGGUGCACAGCCUCCAGCUCAGAUGUGUGCAGAUGAUCCUCCACUUCAAUCUGAAACAACUCCAUUAAAAUUUAGUUCCAUUAUUAUGGAACAAAAGAGUUCUGAAUCUGAUUCAAUAACAGAAAUGAGUAAUCCAAAAAGUAGUUUACUUACACCUAAAGUAGAAGAUCCUUUAGCCACAUUGGCUAGUGCUGCCAUAUCAGCCAAAUCAUUGGCAUCUACAACUUCCACUUUGAUUACUUCUGCAGUCAAACAAGAUACACAAUUAUCUUCACAGUCUUUAGCAUCCAAUACUACUACAAAUGGAAUAAUGUCCAUUAAAUCUGAACUUCCAGAACCAAAACAGGAAGUUUCUUCAAUAGAUACAAUUACCGGUAAACAAACUAUUAAAAAAGAUAAUCAGUGGUAUGAUGUAGGAAUAUUUAAAGAAACAUCUAGUGUGGUAUCACAUUUUUAUCUGCCAUCAGAAUCAUCAGAAAAAAAAGAUGAUCAUAAUUACAAUUCAAAGUAACAUUUUUUCACGAAG